GCAGUCAGUGCGGCGCCCCUCCUUCCUGGGGACCCGACCUCACAGCAGCCCUCCUGCGGAGAGCGGGGGGGGGGUCUUCACGUUCCCCAGGUGGGCACCUGUUAGGGGCGGCAGCAGCAGCAGCAGGAGGCGGCUCCCCCGAGGGCUCCUCCGCGGGCACAAGGCACGUGCUUCCCUUGCAAGGCGCUGCAAAGUAAGGCAGACACAGCCCCCCCCCCCUUUCCAAGCCUGGCCCGGAACUUGGGGGCUCCCCUGAGCAGGACCGCGACGCCCCCCCUCCCUCACGGGCUGGCAGGAAGCAGCGCCGCCCCGGAGCCCCCUCUCCCCCCCCCCCGCCGCCGCGGUCACUUGAGCGGCCCCAUGACGAGCAGCUGAGGGCGCUGGGCCGGGCGGGCGGGCGGGGAGCCUCGUGGGCCGCCUCCUCCCUCCGCCCGCCGGGUGCCAGGAGAGCCGCGCCGCGCCGCGCCCUCUCCCGACCCCCACCCCCGCCAGGGCUGCCCACACUCUCACGAUGUCUGAUGGGGACUAUGACUACCUGAUCAAGUUCUUAGCCCUGGGAGAUUCCGGGGUGGGGAAGACCAGCAUCCUCUACCAAUACACCGACGGCAAAUUCAACUCUAAGUUCAUAACGACGGUGGGGAUUGACUUCCGAGAAAAGAGGGUGAUGUACCGACCCAACGGGCCAGACGGCCUCAGCAGCAGAGGACAGAGGAUUCAUCUCCAGCUGUGGGACACCGCAGGGCAAGAAAGGUAUCGGAGUUUGACGACGGCCUUCUUCCGGGAUGCGAUGGGGUUCCUCCUCCUGUUUGACCUGACCAACGAGCAGAGCUUUCUGAAUGUCCGGAACUGGAUGAGCCAGCUGCAGAUGCACGCCUACUGUGACAACCCAGACGUGGUCCUGUGUGGGAAUAAAAACGACCUGGAAGAGCAGAGGGCGGUUCAAGAGGAGGACGCGAAGGAGCUGGCGGAGAAAUAUGGGAUACCGUACUUUGAAACGAGCGCAGCCAACGGGGCCAACGUGAGCAAGGCCAUCGAGACGCUGCUGGACCUCAUCAUGAAGCGCAUGGAACGGUGUGUGGACAAAUCCUGGAUCCCGGAAGGGGUGGUGCAGUCCAAUGGCCACAGCUCAACAGAGCGGCUCGCUGAGGAGGGGGAGAAAAGCAAAUGCAGCUGCUGAGGCCCUAGGCAGAACGCAGCCGUUAAAUAUGCUCUCAGGGGUGACGUUUCAGGGGAUCUGUUUCGGGCCCCUCCUGCCUUGCAUAAGCGUAGAAACGUCGGGAGGUUCCUUUCUCCGGAGCCCACCUGGUGCUUUGCAAAUGAGCUGGGGACUGAUUUGAGUUCUGGGCUCUCCUGCCUUGAGUUCUUUGCUCCAUAAUGGAAUUCAGAUUCUCUCGCGACAGCAAUAAAACUAAUUCUUAGAAAA